AUGGACAAAUUUGAGCCACCAUCUUGUUUAAGGUUCGAAGGCAACCUUAGUGAAAAUUGGCAGAAGUGGCACCAAGAACUAGAACUCUAUCUUACUGCUACUGAGGAUGGAAAAUCUGACAAAAUAAAUACGUCAAUACUUCUCACAUGCGUCGGAAAGCAAGGUAGAGAAAUUUAUAAUACGUUUCAGUUCAUUGAAGGAGAGGAAAUGAAAUUCAAAGUUGUAGUACAAAUGUUUCAAGAUUAUUGUAGUCCAAGAGAGAACAUUAUAAUAUAAAAAUAAUAAUAAUGGUUUAUUAUCAUUCCACACAAGUGGCUCUUCUAUGCUAAAUACAAAAGGAGAACAAAAUUACAAUACAAUACUACAUGCACCUAUGCCUAUGGUAAAAAUAAUUAUAAAAAUAAUAUAUAUUCAUAAUAUGAAUAUAGUGAAGUUACGUUUGUUCGUUAUUGUCUGCCUUGGCCAAUUUAUGCGCCACAAAUUCUUUACAUGUAAGCAGAGAGAUGGUCAAUCUUUUGAUGAGUUCGUUACUGAGCUAAAAAAGCGUAGUGCUGAGUGUGAGUUUGAACCACUUUGUGAAAGCCUCAUCCGUGACAUUAUAAUAUGUGGAAUUAAUGACAACCGUCUUCGUGAACGUCUUCUUAGAGAGCCAGAAUUAACACUGCAGAAAACUAUACAAAUUGGACAUGCUGCUGAGGAGACCAAGAGACAUGUAAAAGAGCUCCAGAAAGAAGUCGAUGGCAAGAAUUUUGUUGACACUGUUCGUAGAAAGAAGUUUGCAAGAGACGAAAAGCUCUUGAAAAGAAUCAGUUGGUUACGAUAA